AUGGCGGACGAGACAGCGAAAGAGAACGCCACCAAGGCCAGGAUAAUAAACCACAUGAAUGCCGACCAUCACGACUCCCUCGUCCGCUACGCACAACACUACCUCCACGUUUCUCCCUGGACAGCCCACAACACCACAAUGUCCGGCGUGGACCUCCAAGGCCUGACUCUGAUCACCUCCGGCAAAACCCACCGAGUCCCUUUCUCCCCUCCGCUCACCUCACUCGGUGAAGUACGCGAGCGAGUAGUAAUCAUGGACCGCGAAGCCGUCACCGCCCUCAAACGCUCCGAUAUCACUGUGAAAGAAUACCUCCCACCCACUGGCCUCUGGUCUUUUCCCGCUGCCGCAAUCUGCUUUGCCUUCCUAGCUUUUGCGUCGCGGAAAUGGUAUACUCCCGGUUCUUACACGCACGCCUAUCUUCUUAGGAUCGUGGGAGAUGACUUCACGAGGUUCCUGUUCCUGGCGCAGCCUUAUAUCCUGGCGUUCAUGCUUUUCAUGCAUACGAGUGAGAUGCUGUAUUUUAUGCAGUAUAAAUUGAUCAAGCACAACGUUAGCCCGAGGACGCAGUUGUUCUGGGAUUGGACGGCGAGUGCAUUCAUUGAGGGCGGAUUCGCGUUCUGGAGAUUUAAUGAUCAUGUUCGGGGAUUGGAGGAGGAGAAGGCUAAGAAGAAGCAUUGA